AUUUUUACCCGACGGAAAAGGAAAACCGCAGGCCGAUAAGACGGAUAAGAGCAACAAACUUCCUGAUUCGAGAGCCAGAACCGCUGCCGGCCGGGAGUGGCAGACUCGCAUUCUCUUAAUUCUCUUCUCACUGAAUUGAUUCAAGCCCCCCAAGAAAGAGAGAAUCAUGAGCUGGCAGGACUACGUGGACAACCAGUUGGUGGCGACGGGGUGCGUGACGAGGGCCGCGAUCUCUGGCCACGACGGCAGCGUGUGGGCCAAGAGCGCCAACUUUGACCCGAGCAAGGAGGAGCUGGCCAAGCUGUCCAACGGCUUCGAGAAGCGAGACCUGCUGACCGCGUCGGGCGUCACCCUGUCCGGCACCCGCCACAUCUACGUUUCGGGCACGGACAACGUGAUCCGCGCCAAGCUCGGCAAGGUCGGCGUCCACUGCAUGAAGACCACCCAGGCCAUCGUGGUCGCGCUCUACGACGACCCCAUCCAGCCCCAGCAGGCCGCGUCGGUCGUCGAGAAGCUCGGCGAGUACCUCAUCUCCACCGGCUACUAGAUGGGGAGUGGCUCAAGACUCAAGAUCUGGCGGAAAUACUUCCUUGUAUAAAACUAUUUCCGCGAAAAUGGCCGACAACAACAAGGCUAGAUGUUUUAAUACUUUGUUUUACUGCUUGAAAUUUCAAUUUUGGAUUUUCCUUUGCUGGAUUGAACCAGUACAAGUGUCGAAAAUAAAUUAGUUCUGUUGAAA